AUGACAUUAUUUAAUGAAUUUAAUGCAAGAAAAAUCCAUGGACAACGUAAUGUAUUUAGUGGUUUACAUAGAAAUCCAUUAUUUAUUAUAAUUUGGUUUGUAACAUUUUUAUUACAAGCAUUAAUUAUACAAUUUGGUUCAUAUGCAUUCAGUACAAAAGCAUUAGAAUUAGAUCAAUGGGCUUGGUGUUUAUUCUUUGGUGUUGGUGAACUUGUCUGGGGUCAGGUUGUUAAUACAGUACCGAAUGCAAUUAUACCAAAAUGUAAAUGUCGUAAACGUAAACGUCCUACAGUUGUCGGUGUUAACGAAAAUGCAGCUGAUGAAUACAUUAAAGAUGCGAUUGAAGUCGGUGAAGCUGAUGAAGAAGAAGAUGAAAUCUCUCCAUUAUCACUAGGUGGUGCUAAUAUGGGAAUUGGUGGACGUAUUUUAUGGAUUCGUGGUGUAAAUCGUAUUCAAACACAGAUGAAAGUGGUCGAUGCAUUCCGUAUGGGACUUGGACCACAUAUUGAUUUGGAGCAACGUAGAAGUAUUGGUUCAUUGGCAUUUAGACAACGUCAAAAUUCUAGUAUUGAAUACGUGGAUGCUGAUGCUCCAGAUGAAUCUUAA